AUGGCUCUCUGUGGGACUAGGGCGGGCUCUGAUUCUCUACGUCUUUCGCAGGAUGAUGCAAGGUUUGCAGAGCACCUCUGCCUUCAGGUCCAGUCACUCGUUUCUCGACUACAUCAGCGUGGAGAUUGCCAGCCAUUUCUUCUGGGUUCCCAACUGUGGCAACUGGCCAACGGAAUAAGGCAUAUUGCAGAGCAAUAUGCUCGCGACCACAUUUCUUUUUUUUUGUCAGACACUGAGUAUGCAGGUGAAGUUCGGAUUUCCGACUAUUUCUCUGCACCCUCGUUCGAUGACAAUGAUGGGCAGCAAUCGCUGCCUCUAAAUGAGCCGGUAUCGUUGGUUCAGCCUUCCUGUCACGACAUGACGUGUGUGCUGUCAGAUGUAAUGCCACCUCCAUUGGAUUGCUAUGAACUUGGAAAUGCUGCUUCUCGCGACCCGCCAGCAGCCGUGAAGACCGCUGUUGACGAAGGUGCAGAGGAGCGCGACGAGGCGCCAACAGCACAAAGCGGAAACACCAGUGAUAGCGCUGUCAGCCAAGACGACCAUGCUCCCGAGCAGCUUGAAGACAAAUACUCACCAGAUGCACCACCUGGAUCACCUAGCAGCAACUCUGUCCCAGCUGCACUGCGUUCACGCCCAGAUUCAGUGCUGACGAGCAAGAUGGCGCACAAUAGCACGGAAAUGACUGCUGCCGGUGGUCUGUCGGCCCUUCCCAGCAAGCUGAAAAGGAACUCUGGCUCCAAGGCCGAUGCCAAGGCAGAUCAACCUACCGAUAUGCUUGAGCUCUGUACGGAACUCGCACCUAUCUCACACAAGAUCUUCGAGCCGGACGAGGUCUACCGCGUCUUGGUUCGGCGAAGUGAAGCGAAGCAUCAUCAAAAAGUGCCAUUGCUGGUCCGAUUGUUUUUUGCGGUCGCGAGUCCCCUGGCCUUCAAGCAGCUAGCCGAGGCCUGCGAGGCUGCUCGCGAGCGCCAUAACCUGAUAGCGCCAUGUUCUGCAGAUGAUGCAAUGCUGAUGAAAGCGCUAGAUGCGUUAGAUUCCGGGACCGCGAUCCGUGCGAUUCUCCGUCGAUUCUUCCUGGUCCAGCUGCUGGGUCGCCGACAUGAAUGUGAGAAGGAGUAUAAAAAAGGUCGACGGUCGGCUAACGUAGCGGCUCAGAAGAGCCUCGGGGGGACCAGAGAUACUGACUUGUCAUGCCGAGCCGACUCCAGCGCCUUCCGGGAUUUGCUAAUAAAGUUCUAUCCCCACCUCAAAGUGCCAGACAAGAGAAAUCCGUUGGCGGACGAUAAUGUCUUGUGUGAGUACAGAGGCGCCUUCCUCCAAGAGGUCGGUCAUCUGGUAUCUCCAAAUAUUGAGGCUAUCCUAUACGGACACGACAUUGGUGUCAAAUAUGAGUUUGAACAUGCGGACAGGACAUCCCUCGUGCAAGAGUCAAUGGACUCACAACGCAUCAUUGGAUUUUGCCAACCGGUUGAUGUGUCGGAUCAAAGCAGAGAAUCGAUCCUGACAGUGGACUAG